ACAAAUAAAAAAAGAAAGAAAACAUGAAUGGUGUGUGCCGUUGUUACUUAAUAAUAACACGAAAUAUUUUCGUGCAGCAUCAGAAACAAGACUUUGUCGCUAUCUCAUCUGUCACAUCGUAUUUAUUACCUGGACACAUACGUAGCAAAUCUACUUCUGUGGUACCGGUGAAGCUAGCGUACGCUUCCUACGAAUCGAUGAAGGGAACAAAAAAUUCAUCCAAACAUCCUAUCAUUCUAAUGCACGGCUUGUUCGGUUCGAAAAACAAUUGGAACUCUUUAUCAAAAGCGAUACACCAGCAAACAGAUCGUAAGGUGAUAACUAUAGAUGCAAGGAACCACGGUGAUUCUCCACAUUCUACAGAAAUGUCGUACGAACAUAUGGCAAAGGACGUAGUUCAACUUAUGAACGACUUGGAAUUUGAAAAAUCUAUAUUAGUAGGACACAGCAUGGGAGGCUCUACGAUGAUGUAUGUGGCUUUGUAUUAUCCGGAACUAGUAGAAAAAUUAGUAGUGGUAGAUAUGUCUCCUGUGAGGACUAGUCCUAAACUUAUGGAGAUCAAAAAAGUAUUUCGUGCUAUGCAAACUGUACAACUAAAUAAUAUACCAACUUUAACGAAAGCACGUAAAGUGGCAGAGGAACAACUCGCGAAUCACGAUGUCAAACCUUUGGCUAUACGUCAGUUUUUAACGAUGAAUUUAGUGGAAGCCAAUAACGGAAAAUAUAAAUGGCGGGUUAAUUUACCUGUACUCGAACAGAAUUUUGAUUCAAAUAUAGCUAAAUUUCCACGUUCGGAAACAAAAGUUUAUGAAGGACCAACGUUAUUUAUAGGUGGUGCUAAUAGUGAUUAUAUACAAGUAGAAGAUCACAAUGAAAUUAAGAAAUAUUUUCCCUCUAGUCAAUUUGUGUACAUAAGUGAUGCAGAUCAUUGGGUUCACGCGGAUAAGCCAACCGAAUUCCUGAAGAUUGCAGUCAAUUUCAUUAAUCAACCAUAACUGUAAUUAUGGUACCAAUGAUAAAAGAAGUGGAGAAUAGCAAAUUAAAAUAUAAUUGUACAUUGUGAAUAAAUUGUGAAUUCUGCAUCAGGUAAGAACUUAUAAUGCUUAACAUUUCUUUAGUUUCUUAUUUGUUAUGUUUCCAUAAAAAGUACAUAUUCAACGUUAUUUUCAGCUAGGAAAACAUUUUAUCAAAAUUGGAAAAUAGUUCCACGUAAGGCCAUGCUUUAAUAUAGAACGACUAUUUAGAAACAAAAAUUUGAAUAAGAUUUUUAAAUUAUCGAAAUAUGUAAUAUGCUCGAUGAACAAUAAUUUCAACGCAAAAUGUGUUCGUUAAAAUAUGUAAGUUCGAUCGAAAGAAUUUAAAGAACUACAUUUUAUAUAAAUUUUGUAUUUAUGUAAAAAUUUGAGUUGCAAUUUUGUGCAAGAGAUAAAUAAAAUUAUAAUUUAAAAUUA